UUUGUGAGCAACACCUCGACCCCUUCUCCAUCGCAGCCUCUUCCUAUGAAGCAUAGGGAUCGAUGAAGAUGACAUCCCCCUUUCCCCUUCUACCUUCGCCCUCUCUGCUGAUCUCAUCGGCUUUGUUGCUCCUCUUGCCCGCUCUGGCCCACCUAUUCCGGCCUCCACCCAACCUCCUCGCACUAGCCCCUCCCGCCACCCUCUCCCGGCUGCCAGGCAUUCCCUCGUACGUCUCCCUGCCCUUCCUCCCCUCUCCCACCCUCUUCAAGCAUUGGCUAUCCCUCUGCUGGCGUCUUCAAAUAGCCCCAUGGAAGCUCCGGCGGCAAGUCGUUAACGCUGUGGAUGUAGACUGGGCUGAUGAGGCGCAUGAUGCGAAGGAGGGGAAGCUGCUCAAGGCCUGGGAUCGCGUUGGGUAUUGGCGCAAGGAGGAUGGCUGCCUUGAGUUGAGAGCUCUCAGGAAGUGGGAAGCUCUCGCUGACCCACUUGCGGACACCGCCCUCCGGUCGAUCCUAUCACAACCGGCCAAUGGCGAGACUCCGACCAACGACCUUCUCGGUCGCCUGCAGCCGUCUUCAGAUGCUCCAGAGCUAUCUCGCUUCGCUUCCCUUGCGACACAACGGCGGCCACCUAGAGGUGCAGGUGUCCUUCCGCUACAGUGGUAUGCAGAGCGCGAUGCUCGACGCGGCGUCAAGACGCCUGCCUGGCUAUCAAAGGAGCAACGAUCUUCGCACGAAGACUUGAUACCUGAUGAAGAACUAGAGGCCGGCUAUGAAGGGGAGGAGGCUUGCUUCGAGCGGCUGCAGCAGCUCACCUCCUGGCACGAUGAGGAGUGGAAGAGCCUCUCGGAGGCAGAAAGAGCAGAAGAGCUGGCUGAAGAAGCUCGACUGGUUGAGCUAGGCCAGAAGGUCUUCUAUCGCUAUUCUGGCGGUAUCCUCAUGUCUCUGCUGCACUUCUCGCUCGCUGGCGGCUUUGCAAGUCCCCGAUUGACGGGCGUGUUGAAGGCCACGAACUAUCUUGUCCCUGCCGAGCGACAGGGUCUUGAUGAGGAACGGCAGGACGCCAUUCAGCGCAAGGAGAAGAGCGAAAAGGAGAAGAAGAAGGAUGUCGAAGAGGGUGACAAGACUUGGAGGCGGUUAAUGGAGACCACUCAAUGGGUGCUAGAUGUCAUGGAGACUGUAGAUACUCUUAUACCGCCGGGCGAUGGCAAGCUUCAAGGCUCUGACAGUAGGAGCUCUUCUUUCGGUGGCCCAGGUCGUGAGGCAACCCUCUCGGUACGACUGCUGCAUGCUCGCGUACGCACUCGAGUCGCCUCGAAGCUCUCCCUUCCACCCUCAUGCCUACCACUGAACCAAGCCGAUCUUCUCGCAACCCUGCUCUCAUUCUCCGCUGCGCCUCUAGCCUCCUUGUCAAGAAUGGGUCUCACGCUCACACCAGAGGAACGCGAGGCGUACCUUGGCUUGUGGCGCUACAUUGGCUGGUUGAUGGGCGUCGAUGAUCGGCUGGUCCGAUCUUGUCUCGUAGACUGCUCUAGAGCGGAUCGAGCUCUCUGGUCCUGCGUGCUCAAUCUCUUCUCUGAGGAGGAUGUAGCUCGACAGGCCGCUCCCACCCUGCGCAUCCUCACGUCCAUUGCGGCGCGUCCACCCUUCUACACUUCCCUCCCGCUGCACAUUGCCCUCUCCUCUUCCCUCCUCGGUCAAACCCUCUCCACUGCGCUUCGUCUUCCGCCUUCCUCGAGAGGGACGAGAUUGCGCGUGGCACUGACGUACUUGGGAAUGUAUCUCACGACCAGCUUCUCCAAGUGGUACCUUCCCUCUACACGAGGCAAGAAGUGGGAAGAAACACGCGAUCGCUCCACCCGCAAGCUGCUGCGAAGGCUCAUCGUCUGGAAUUUGGGAAUGCGGCGCUCUCACUUUCAUGGCGGGAGUGAAGGGGUUGAAGGUAUGGAGGACGUGCCCAAGGAUGAACAGGCGGCGAUGGCGGAUGUGAGAGAAUACCAGUGGAUGAUCAGGGAGAUGAUCGCUGUACACAUUCUUGUUGGUUGCGCGGCGGUGGGAGCACUGGGAAUUGGCGCUUGGUAUUUGAGAAGCGUGUAGCGCUAUACUCAUUCGGCUUAGAGGGCAUCACACGGAAUACCAGCAUAAUUUGUCCGACAUGUUCAUACAAUGUAGCCAUAGCUCAAAACUAUCACGUGUCUGCUGCAGAUGAAGGUUCAGAUCAUUGAAUUCGGAAGCCGGUGACGCGAAGAAAUGUACAAAAUAGAGAUCUAAAAGAGAUAGGUAUGAAGUGUUGCCUCU